AUGGCUCCCCGAAAGAGCUUUGCUUCGACUCGUAAAGACAGUCGUCUCAAGAAGAUCUUUCGACCAGCCAAUCCAAACAAGCGACCCAAGAUUUCAGCACCGUCCGACUUCCGCCACAUAGAGACCGGCUCGUUCGAUUUUCCUCCAGUUGAAACGCCUCCUCCACAGCCUCGACUGGAUGGCUUGCGUCAACACUCUCCCCACCUUCGUCCGCUUGAAUUGAGCAUUUAUAUGCCAAACAACCGGAUAUCGCCAAUUCUUCCCCACUUUGAAUUCCCACCCGUCAAAACCCCCGAGAAAGCUGUUCUUGAGGAGCGACUUUCAGACGACCAUCAGCUUGUACGACAGAGAAGCUAUACAUCGGUGCCGUUCCACAUUCCUCGAAAGCCUGCGAUUGAAGAUUUGUCAUUCAAUCAGACUUGUCCUCCAGACAUCCCACCGAAGUCCCAAGCACGACCCCGCGCGAACACUUCGCCAGAAAUAGAGGCGAUCAAAGCACGUGUUGCGAACGCCAUGCUUGAGGUUGAGGAGCUCCAGAGACAGAUUGAAGAAGCUGCUGAGCGUCAGAGUCUGUAUGCUCUUAGCCGUCCAUCUACAAGCCAGUCGAGGGCUGAGUUAGAACCCAUGCCAUCGAUACCUGCACUCCCGCCAGCCGCACCUUCGUUCGCCGAAAGGCUGAAUUCUGGUGUCCAACUUGAGCGGCCCCGCACCGCCCCAUUGAAUCAUAUGUUCCCUGCACCUAUUUCAUCAGAGCGUUUGGGAGAAGGCCUGGCCGAUCUUGAAGCUAAAUUGCAGCUGCAACAUACCCCCACGCUGGCGCCGCCUCUUCCCCUCGUGCUCCGUCCCCCGUUACGCAAGAAGAAAUCCUUCUCUCGCGUUUCGACAUGGCUAUUCCCUCAUGGCCAGCAUAAACGUGAUGUGAGUCUCGAUUCCGUCACCAACGUUCCUCGGCCAAUUAAAGGGACCGACGGAUUCUACCAGUGUGUCCAACCUGGAGGGUCCGCUCAGCGUACAUCGUUUGAUUCCUUGGAUACUGUCUCUACCUGGGAUUCAGAGGAUGACCAACGCACGGCACCAACCAAUUGGUCGCCUGAAAGCACACCCGCCCCUAAAAUGGAGGGUGUUCCUAUGGAGAGACAACUGACUUUUGGAAAAAGAGGUUGUUCUUCACCCUAG